GGUUCGUUUCGGUUCGUUUCGGUUCGUUUCGGUUCUGUCCGGUCCGUGGCUGCGGUUCCGAUGCGGCGGCUGCGGUUCCUGUCGGUGGCGCUGGGUGGCUGCGGGCUGCUGCUGGGCUCGGCGCUGGCGGCGGGCGACGAUCGGCUGUACGGCGCCGUGCUGAUGCCCGCGCUGCGCGCCGUCAGCCCGGAGACCGCGCACGGGCUGGCACUGCGAGCCGCCAGCAUCGGGUUAACGCCGACAGCACCGGCCGACGGGACCGGCAUGGAGACGCGCGUCCUCGGGCUGCGGUUCCGGAACCCGCUGGGGCUGGCGGCCGGAUUCGACAAACACGGCGAGGCCGUGGACGGGCUGUACCGGAUGGGGUUCGGCUUCGUGGAGGUGGGAACCGUCACGCCCCAGCCCCAGGACGGCAACGCAAAGCCCAGGGUGUUCCGGCUGCUGGAAGACGAGGCGGUGAUUAACAGGUAUGGAUUCAACAGCCACGGCCAUGCUGCAGUGCAGCGCAGGCUGCGGGCCCGCCAAGAGACGCAGCUCAAGCUCACGGCUGAGGGGAUGCCUCUUGGAAUCAACCUGGGCAAGAACAAGAGCUCUACAGAUGCUGCAGCUGACUACGUGGCUGGAGUCCGGACACUGGGCCCCUUGGCUGACUACCUGGUUGUGAACGUGUCAAGCCCAAAUACUCCGGGGCUGCGGGACCUUCAGGGCAAGGCUGAGCUGCGGGACCUGCUGACCAAGGUGCUGGCAGAGAGGGACAUGCUGCCAUGUGAACGUAAGCCAGCUGUGCUGGUGAAGAUUGCUCCAGAUCUCACUGAGCAGGACAAGAAGGACAUAGCUGGUGUUGUGUGUGAGGUUGGUGUGGAUGGACUGAUAGUCAGCAACACCACCAUCAGCCGCCCCAGUAGCCUCCAGAGCACGCAGCGCCUGGAGUCCGGGGGCCUCAGCGGGAAGCCCCUGCGAGAGCUCUCCACACAGACAGUGCGGGAGAUGUACGCACUCACCCAAGGCCGGGUGCCCAUCAUUGGGGUGGGUGGGGUGAGCAGUGGCCGUGAUGCCUUGGAGAAGAUCCGUGCUGGAGCCUCACUUGUGCAGAUGUACACAGCACUAGUGUACCAUGGGCCCCCAGUGGUGGCGACGGUGAAGCGGGAGCUGGAGGAGCUGCUGAGGGGUUCAAGAGUGUCAUGGAAGCAGUUGGAGCAGAUCACCAGCGCUGACAGCAGGAUCAAGGUCGAGCCAUGGUAAACCAAGAAUGGCUGUGAUGUUUCCAGAGUGGUUAGGCUGGGACUGAGCCAAUGCCCUGGUCCUGGCCCUUGCGAAGGGUCAGUAGUGGUGAGAAGCUGGGGAAGGGGCCUCUGUACUAUUGCCACUGCCCAUGGCUGUACUUGUGGCUUUCCUGUGGGCCGUGUUCCCCUGCAGAAGCCAGCGGUUGGUCAGGAUCCACUUGAGCUUUGGAAGGCCAGCUGUACAGGGAUGGGACAGUCCUCUGCCCACCUUCCCCACGGUACUGACCCAAGCACUGUGCUGAGUAUCCCUUCUGUUCUGGAACCUCUCCUGCUCCCUCUGGCCGGUGCUGGGUCAUGCACUGCAGCCUGCAGAGUGGCGUCUCUCCUCUCUUGCCCUCAUCUGCUGUCUGCACAGUGCUUUAAUAAACCUGUGGGUCCUGGUCCUGACCUGGACUUCAUAAACAUUGAUCUUA